AUGGAGAGAAGUGUGAAAUAUACAUUGACCAUAUGGAGAGAAGUAUUUCUUUACUCAAAAGGAUUUGAACAUCCACCAAAGACAUUAGCUGGAGUUGGUAAAGGACUACGAUUGUCAGAUUUUGCACCAUCUAGGAAAGGCCAACAUGGUGGCCGACGCACUGAGUCGGAGGGCCUGGAGCAGUUGUUCAGUUCAACACAAAUAUCAGAAAAGCUAGAUGAAGAGAUGACGAGAACGGGAAUUGAACUGGGUUACAUAUACUCAAACCCACAGCAGCCACACGGUACUGAAGGAGAUGAACGGCUGAACGGCAUGACCAAGGCUGAAGGAGAUGAGCGGCAGCAGGUGGUGCUCGACGACAGUGACGUUCCAGCAUUCUCGGCGGCGUCGACGGCGGUUCCAGCACUCACGGCGGCGCACGGCUCCAUCACUCACGGCGGCGUAGGUCUCGGCUCUAGCAGGCUCUCUGGCGGUGCAGGGUCUCAGCUCCGGCGGUGCAGGUUCUCGGCUCCGGCGGUGCUGGUUGCUCACGGUUCCAGCCGUGGGUUGAGAGAGCUUGCUCAACAAAUUGAGAAGGAGGUUAAGGCUUUUAGCAAAUCUCUCGAGUCAUUUAAAACUGCAAUUGUUGUUGGUGGAACUAAUAUAUCUGACCAGAGGUCUGAGCUCCGUGCUGGAGUUGAUAUAGUUGUUGCUACUCCUGGGAGAUUUAUAGAUCAUUUGCAGCAAGGAAAUAGUUCACUUUCAAGAGUUUCAUUUGUUGUUCUAGAUGAGGCUGACAGAAUGCUUGACAUGGGGUUUGAACCUCAGAUAAGAGAGGUGAUGCGGAGUCUUCCUGAAAAGCAUCAAACUUUGUUGUUUAGUGCUACCAUGACUGUGGAGAUUGAAGCACUAACUCAGGAAUACUUAUCUAGCCCUGUGCAAGUGAAGGUAGGAAAAGUUAGUAGCCCAACAGCAAAUGUAUGUCAAAAUCUGGUGAAGGUUCCUAACAGUGAGAAGGUAUGUAUCCUUAAGUGAAAUGAUAUAUAAAAUACACAUAUAUGUGUAUACGCACGCACGUACGUAACCGACGUUGACAAGCCAAAAAAGCCUCUCCCAAAUUUCUUGUUAUAUUUCAUUGAACAUUCACGAAGUCCAAAGAAAGGCACCUUGUUACAAUUUCUCCGGGUUGUGAGAAGUAGAGGAAUGGUCGGGUCGAGGAAGGGCAUACCUUCGUGGUUAACCGCGGCGGCAGCCACCAGGGUUGAUUUCGAAGGAGGCGCCGAAACCAUGUUCAAGGAUGGUAGAAAACAACCUUCUUCUGCGGCGGUGGAACUUUCUGAUGCCAAUUUGGGUUUUGGAGAGAGGGCUUUGUCUGCUGCCGGUCCUUUUGUUCUCUCUGCUAUCUUAGUUAACCCUCUUGAUAUCGCCAAGACUCGGUUGCAAGCACAAGCUGCUGGAGUUCCUUAUCAGGGGUUGUGCGGUAGUACAUGUUUUGAAACAGCCACGGUAUUUCCAGCUCCAAAAUAUUCUACAUAGGGU